AUGGCCACUCAAGGUGAAGAAGAAGACCGUGUGAGCCAAUAUGGUAGAGAGAAAGAGAGUGUCAUGUAUGCAAAGAAGAUGAAGAGAGACAGUAGGGUUUUUCAGUUCACCUGUGAACCCUGCAACGCCGUUACUCCUCGCAGAGUGAAGGAAGGGAAAUAUCGAGCUGCACGCCAUAGGGGAAAGGUGAAGGCAUUCCCUAAGGAUGAUCCCACCAAACCCUGUAGGCUAACUGCCUUCUUGGGUUACAAGGCUGGCAUGACUCACAUUGUCAGAGAAGUUGAGAAACCUGGAUCAAAACUUCACAAGAAAGAGACUUGCGAAGCCGUAACUAUUAUCGAAACACCUCCAAUGGUUAUUGUUGGAGUGGUAGGGUAUGUGAAGACGCCUCGCGGUCUUCGCUGUCUUAACACUGUUUGGGCUCAGCACCUGAGUGAGGAGAUAAAGAGGAGGUUUUACAAGAACUGGUGCAAGUCUAAGAAGAAGGCCUUUACCAAGUAUUCAAAGAAACUGGAGACCGAUGAGGGGAAAAAAGAUAUCCAGUCGCAGCUAGAGAAGAUGAAGAAAUAUGCAUCUGUUAUUCGGGUUUUGGCUCACACUCAGAUAAGGAAGAUGAAGGGGCUGAAACAGAAGAAGGCACACUUGAUGGAGAUACAGGUUAAUGGUGGGACUAUUGCCCAGAAGGUUGACUUUGCAUAUGGUUUCUUUGAGAAGCAGGUCCCUGUGGAUGCUGUUUUCCAGAAAGAUGAGAUGAUUGAUAUUAUUGGUGUGACAAAGGGUAAAGGUUAUGAAGGUGUUGUAACCCGUUGGGGUGUCACCCGUCUUCCUCGCAAAACCCACAGGGGUCUCCGAAAGGUUGCUUGUAUUGGUGCAUGGCACCCUGCUCGAGUUUCCUUCACUGUUGCCAGGGCUGGUCAGAAUGGAUACCACCACCGUACUGAAAUGAACAAAAAGAUCUAUAGGCUUGGCAAGACAGGGGAAGAGACACACACGGCCAGCACUGAGUUUGACAGGACUGAGAAAGAUGUUACGCCUAUGGGUGGAUUUCCUCACUAUGGAGUGGUCAAGGAUGAUUUUCUGAUGAUCAAGGGUUGCUGUGUUGGUCCUAAGAAAAGGGUUGUUACACUCCGUCAGUCUCUCCUCAACCAGACUUCUCGCCUUGCCCUUGAAGAAAUCAAGCUCAAGUUUAUUGACACCUCUUCCAAGUUUGGACAUGGACGCUUCCAGACUACAGAGGAGAAGCAGAAGUUUUUUGGUCGGCUCAAGGCCUAA